UUAAAAAAUGAAGGCGACCAGCAUAAUCCUUCUAUCGUGCAUCCUGGCAAUAGCCAUAGCAGGUGAGCUAAGAGAGCACCUAGCUUCACAGUUUAGUGUAAAAUGUGUACAUACAUUGGGCUUCACGUUCUUCAACCUAGAGCCACUCAAGAAGAAAGGGGAUGGUGAAUUUUAUACAGUCAGAAGAGAGCUCUCAGACGGUAAGGAAUACGAAGUCAAUUUCGACUUCUGUGAAACUUUACCAGAAGUGAGAGCAUGCAAAGAUGUGAAUCCAAUGGCUGUCGAGUAUGAUGUCCAAGAAGAGUUCUCAAACUCCUGUAGACAGCUUACUAAGCAUCAAGGUAAAAAUAAGGAGACCACUCUUGAAAACACAGAGGGAGAAGACUCUGAUCAAUUUAUUGAAAUCGUCCAUACAAGUAGCCUUAAUUGCAAGAAUGAUGAGAAGUUCGGAAUCACUUUCGAAAUCUUCUGUGAUGAAGAAAAGAAAGAGAUUCCUGAAUUUGUUGAGAACCCAAGCAGGUCUUCUGACUGCAGACCGGUGUUCAGGACUCAUCAUUAUGGAGGCUGUAAGGUCGGAGACCUUAAUGCUCUAUGGAGAUUCGUCGAGAGCAACAGCAUCAUUUUUGGUAUUGUUGCAAUGUUUAUUGGCUUAUAUAAUUUGGUACUCGGAAGAAAGUUUAUCAAGCCAACAAUCGGUCUAAUAAUGCUCAUCACAGUAGUCGCUGUAAUCAUGUUUGUAUUCUAUGUUAUCUUUCUUCCAAGAGAUACUGCAAAAUGGGUGGGGUGGUUGAUCCUGUCCAUCUCUAUUGUCCUAGGAGGAAUUGCUGGAUUCUUCUCAUCCAAACUUGUCCGUAUCGGAGUGAUAGUUCUUGGGUUCUGGGCUGGAGUAGGAAUCGGACUUCUUCUAAAUAAUCUGAUAUUUUUCAGAAUCAACCAUGUUUCGGUACUAUGGGUAUUGAUGGGAGUUUUCGGACUGGCAUUUGCAAUUAUGUCAUUCUUCUGGUAUAACUACAUUGUGAUCAUCUGUACAUCAAUCCUUGGCUCUUACUUCUUUGUGAGAGGUAUAGCUCUUAUGGCUGGAGGAUAUCCAAAUGAGUUCACCAUAUAUGGAAACAUAGCCUCAAAAACAUUUGAAGGUAUGCCAGCUACCUUCUGGGUUUAUGUUGCAAGCAUGGUAGUUGCAUGUGCUCUUGGUAUCUUUAUACAAAUCAAAAUUAAAAGAAGAGAAAAUAAACCGGAAACAGAUGAUGUAUACAAAAGAGUAUAAAUAUUUUA